AUGGAACAAGUUCUUGCCCUUAUCUCAAAGCGCAGCCCGGUCAUUGCGUCCAUCUUUGUUCUCCUUACGACUGUGUUCCUGCUGUCACGAUAUUUCGGCAGUGACGUAUAUGAGCAGAUUCCUUUGGUCGGGAAAGAGCUGGGCAACGCCGAGAAAAGAAGAAAGGCGUAUCUUGAUCACGCUCAAGACAUUUACCAGAAGGGCUAUAGUCGCUUCAAGAACAGGGUUUUUCGACUAACAGGGACUGAUGGGGACAGGAUCGUCUUGCCUCGUCACCUCGUGGAUGAGGUAAAAGAUCUUCCCGAUGACUAUAUCAGCAUAAACAAGGCCUUCGAAAAGAUGAACGAGGAAAAAUAUAUCAAGUUUGGGCAAAAUCCAGACCACGGUGUAUUCUUGGUUCACGUCAUCCGAGCUGACCUCACGCGGAACCUCAAUCGCAUCAACCCCCAGCUAGCAGCCGAAGCGGCCUUCAGCGUGAUAAACGAGCUGCCACCCUGUGACUGUGACGACUGGACUCCAGUAGUAAUCUACGAGAAGCUCCUCCGAAUCGUCGCCAUCGUCUCCGGUAGGAUAUUCCUCGGCCCUGAACUGUGCCGAGAAGAGGCCUGGUUACACCAUGCUAUCCACUUCACCGUCGAUGUGUUCCGGGCCAUCACGAAGCUGAAGCAAUGGCACCCUCUGUUAAGACCCAUUGGGCAGUACUUCAUCCCGGAGUUGAGAGGGGUGGCGGAGCACCGUCGAAAGGCUCAGGAGUUCCUUAAACCAGUCAUCCUGCAAAGACGGGAGAUGAUGAGGCAAGGGGGGCCAUUGCCGGAUGACAUGCUGCAGUGGAUGCUGAACAAGGCGGAGGAGAGUAACGUGGGAGACAAUGGAAUGUCGGAAAUGCUCCUCGGGCUUAGUCUGGCGGCCAUACAUACAACCACAAUGACAACCACGCUGGCGCUUUACGACCUUGUUGUUCGACCAGAUCUCGUGCAAGAGAUUCGCGAGGAGAUCAAGUCUGUCCUUGCAGCCAACAACGGGGUGAUAAGUCUACAUGCUCUAUACGACAUGAAACUUCUCGACUCGCUCUUGAAGGAAUCUCAAAGGACGAAUGUUUCCAGCUUAGUUCGCUUUGUCCGUCACGUUGACAAACCGGUGACACUCAGUGAUGGAACCCAUUUGCCAGCAGGGGCGAUAAUCGAAUCGCCACACAAAGUCAUCUUGAAUGACCCCGAGCGCUACUCAAACCCGGAAACAUUCGACCCCUACCGCUUCAUGAACCUGCGCACCGGAAACACAGCCGAUCCGCUCAACUACAACAACAAGGAGCAGUAUCAAUUCGUCACAGUGACCAAGGACUUCAUGGCCUUUGGCUACGGCCGGCAUGCUUGCCCCGGACGCUUCUUCGCGGCGAACGAGAUCAAAUUGAUUCUCUCACGCCUCUUGGUCGAGUAUGAUAUCAAAAUGCCAGAAAAUAUUACUGAGCGCUAUGCGAACAUCACGAGUGGUCUCGAUGAGAUGCCUGAUACGACGAAGGAGAUCAUGAUGCGGAGGGUGAAAUCGGAUGAGGGCUAG